ACGGGUGGCGCCAUCACUCGACGAUUCCUGCCCCGCCACGUAUGGCUGCAACGCUCCCUUCAUCCGCUGCCUCAUCGCCACUGCUCCUCCGCCGCUCCGCUGCCCCUUCCCUCUCCUUUCGCCGCCGCGGGCGUUGGCAGCGCCCCGCUGCACGGCACGACGCCUGCGGCGCGCAGCUGGUGCUGCCGGGCGCACGGUGGGCGCCAGCAGCGCUUCCCGGAGACAAUGGCGCGCGCGGAGCCACGGCAGCGGCGGGGGAGGCUCCCUACAGAGCCAGCGAGGGGCAGGGGUCUCUGUGGAUGGUCUUCCUCUCCACCGCGGUGGCCGUGUGCGGCUCCUUCGAGUUCGGCACCUGUGUCGGGUAUUCUGCACCCGCUCAAGCCGGAAUUGUGAGCGACAUUGGGCUGUCCAACUCAGAGUAUGGUGUCUUUGGAUCUGUCUUGACGAUUGGAGCAAUGAUUGGCGCUCUAACUAGCGGUCGCCUGGCAGACAUACUUGGACGCAAAAUGACCAUGCGGCUGGCAGCAGUUAUAGGCUGUUUUGGUUGGCUUACUAUAUAUUUAGCCAAGGAUGCUAUGAUGCUCUACGCUGGAAGAGUUUUGCUGGGCUAUUGUACCGGAGUUCUUUCCUAUGUGGUGCCUGUGUUCAUAUCUGAAAUAGCACCAAAGGAUGUCCGAGGGGGCCUUGCAACCUCAAACCAGUUGUUUAUCUGUUCAGGGUGUUCAGCUGCUUAUAUUAUUGGUGCACUUCUUUCAUGGCGCUCUUUGGUUGUAGUAGGAUUAGUACCUUGUGCUAUCCUUCUUGUAGGACUUCUCUUCAUUCCAGAGUCUCCAAGGUGGCUGGCCAACAUAGGAAGAGAGAAAGAAUUUCGUGCUUCAUUGCAAAAACUUAGGGGGGAAGAUUCUGACAUAUCUGAAGAGGCUACUGAGAUUAAAGAUUAUAUCGAAUCAAUUCGUAGCUUACCUAAGGCCAGGAUUCAAGAUUUAUUUCAAAGCAAAAAUAUAUAUGCAGUCACUGUGGGCGUUGGCCUGAUGAUUUUUCAGCAACUGGGAGGAAUAAAUGCCUUAGGCUUCUAUACAAGCUAUAUUUUUUCCUCUGCAGGGUUUUCUGGAAAACUUGGAACCAUCUUGAUUGGCAUUAUUCAGAUUCCAAUCACAUUCUUUGGAGCCCUUCUCAUGGAUAGGAGUGGAAGGAGAGCCCUUCUUUUGGUCUCUUCGUCUGGAACAUUUCUAGGCUGCUUUCUGACUGGACUAUCAUUCUACUUUAAGGCACAAGGACUGUACUCACAGUUGGUUCCUACUUUGGCUCUUUGUGGCAUAUUGGUAUAUUAUGCGGCAUACUCAGUUGGAAUGGGACCAGUUCCUUGGGUUAUCAUGUCUGAGAUAUUCUCGAUUGACAUGAAAGCAAUAGCUGGAAGCUUGGUGACCCUGGUUAGUUGGAUUGGUUCAUUCGCAAUUUCGUAUUCAUUCAACUUCCUUAUGGAUUGGAACUCCGCAGGCACAUUCUUUUUGUUCUCUGCAGCGAGCUUGCUAACAGUGUUGUUCGUGGCAAGGCUAGUACCAGAAACUAAAGGAAGAACACUGGAAGAAAUCCAGGAGUCGCUCAAAGCCAGCACAUGAUAGUUUAAGAUUAAGCGCGUACAUGCGCUCGUUACCCUCUAUGGAUUCGGAAUAUGCACCUCUUGUAAAUUCUGAUACACCAUGUACUCUCUUGGGUUUGAUUUAGUAACUUCUAUUUCGUUCACGGUCUGUCGACGCUUUCACUAUUAGCUUUUUAAAGAAUAUGCUAUUACAAAAAUAGUAAAAUUGCAGUGACAGUUAAGCUUUU